UGUCUCAAACGGUCCUGCGGUUUUAUCUGCCUAACGGUAUCUUCACGCACGACUGGAUAGGCCUUUUGGAUACGCUUGUCCAAGGCCCAAGACAUAAAGUAGCCUGCAAUCAUUCCAUUGCUGACCCAUCGGAUGGUUAUCACUUAAUCUAGAAUCAUGGAUACCUUUCAUAUCUGCGCAUCACAAGUUGGAACUAGUGGUCAAAAUUGGGACAAUGUUGCCCAAAAUAAAUGUUUUCAUGGAGUGAACAAGACCUGCCAACAGAGCUCACUGGAGCAGGGAGACAUCCCGUCAUCCCUUCGGCACCUGACAAAGAUUCAGAUCCUGCUGAACGAUGUUAAGCAGUCCAUUAACCACAUGCAGGGGAAGCUGAACACCAUGCAGGGGCAGUGUAUUGAGUUGCAGACUGCCAUAUCUAAGAUCAUCCCAGCAGCCGACGUUGCUGUACAGAGUGGGGGGAGGGAAACAUCCAACAUCGCUGGUCAGGGGGAGGGGAUCCUCCCAAAAGCCAACUUUGCUGCGCAGAGGGAGGAGGUCCUCCGAGCAUCAGGCCUCAUCCCUGCACAGAGGGAUGGGAUCCUCCAAACAACCAGUGUCCCUGCACAGAGGGAAGGGAUUCUCCCAGCAGCCAUCAUCACGGCACAGAGGGAGGAGAUCCUCCGAGCAUCAGGCCUCAUCCCUGCACAGAGGGAUGGGAUCCUCCAAUCAACCAGUGUCCCUGCACAGAGGGAAGGGAUUCUCCCAGCAGUCAUCAUCACUGCACAGAGGGAGUUGAUCCUCCUGAUGGCCAGUGUCACUGCGCAAAGGGAGGAAUCUUCCCAACAGCCAGCGUCCCUGCUCACAGGGAGUGGAUCUUCCCAAAGGCCAGUGUUCCUGCACAGAGGGAGGGGAUCCUCCCCACAGCCAGCGUCCCUGUGGAGAAUGGAAACAAUCAUCCACAACCACCUCCCAUCAUCCCCAUGUUGGCACCACUGUGGAAAUGGGAUGGUGGAGUGUGUACUCCACCUGUGGAUUUCUAUUCCAAGAGAAGAGGUCAUUUAA